ACAAUCACUUUUAACAAACACAUAAACAUACAUAUACAGAGAUGAUGAAGAAAGCAGAGCUGGUUUUCCUUCCAUUGUCUGAAAUCGGUCACCUUUUAUCAAUGGUGGAGCUUGCAAGACGCUUAAUUGAUCAGGAUGAUCGCAUCACCAUCACCUUCAUUAACACAGCUGCACCUUUUGGUAGCACAACCAUUGGUGACAUUGAAUCACUUGGCAACUCCCUUGCUGACACUGGGAUUUGCUUCAUCAACCUUCCUCAUCAUCACCAACCAGCUGCAUCACAAAACUCCUCCCUUACUGUUUUCAUAGAAAACCAAAAACCCCACCUUAUAAAUGCCAUCAUCCAACAUGCAACUUCCGAGUCAAACUCCAACCCGGCUCAACUUGCAGGCUUUAUUGUUGAUUUCUUCUGGGUAAGCAUGAUUGAUGUUGCUAACCAACUAGAAGUUCCAACCUAUAUGUACUUCACCUCUGGUGCGGCUACACUCGGUGUCCUCCUCCACCUUCCAACCCUCCAUAACGAAAUUACAACCGAGUUGAAGAAUUAUGAGGGCGAGUUAUCGAUCCCGAGUUUCUUCAACCCGGUUCCCCCAUCUGUGCUGCCUACUCUGUUUUUGGACAACAACACUGAAGCGUAUGCUUGCUUCCUCUAUUACAGUCAGAGGUUGAAAGAAACAGCAGGUAUUAUCGUAAAUACUUUCGCUGACCUUGAAUGCCAUGCCAUGAAUUCAUUCCAAGAUGGCCAAACUCCUCUGGUCUACCCGGUUGGACCAUUGCUCAAUGUUUGCUCUGGGUCUAACGAGGCCAAACAUGUAAAGAUUAUGACAUGGCUCGAUAACCAGCCUCCAUCUUCGGUAAUUUUCCUAUGUUUUGGAAGCAGAGGGUCAUUCAGUGAAAGCCAGGUGAAAGAGAUCGCAGUUGGGCUUGAGCAGAGUGGGCAUCGAUUCUUGUGGUCACUGCGUCGACCAUCAAGUGCUGGGAAUGGUCAUGCUUAUGGUUCUGGUUCUGGUUCGACCAGUGAUUUCACAAAUCUUGAGGAAGUCCUGCCUGAUGGGUUCUUAAAUCGGACGAAAGGGAGGGGGCUGAUGUGUGGAUGGGUCCCACAGACAGCAAUACUGGCCCACCAAGCAGUUGGAGGGUUUAUAUCUCAUUGUGGGUGGAACUCCAUAUUGGAGAGCUUGUGGAAUGGUGUACCAGUUGUUGUCUGGCCGCUUUACGGAGAACAGAAACUCAAUGCAUUUGAGCUGGUUAGGGAGUUUAGAAUAGGGUUUGACAUGGGGUUGACCAUGAGGACGGAUGAAGGUGGUGUGGUGACAGCAAAGGAAGUGGAGGCAGGGGUGAGGUUAAUAAUGGACGGGCGACAUGAUAGCAAGGAGGUGAGGAGAGUGAAGGAGAUGAGAGAGAAGAGCAGGAUGGCUGUUAUGGACCGUGGAUCUUCCUUCUAUUCAUUGAGGCAGUUGGUUAAGGACAUCAUGGAUAGGAUCUGAUGGUGGUGAUGCUAUUUGGUCCCACUCAUGCUCAAAAGUUU